CUGAAGCUCGUCGCGGGGUUGGGCAGUCUUUCCUUUCGAUAGCUAUCUUGCGUCGGAACAUCUUUGCCGCUAGGAGAUAAGCCACGCCAGGCUUUCAUGUUCAUCUCACUCGUCAUAAUCGAUAUCACCAAAUGCUCCAACUUUAACCAUCAGGAACGAUCUUAUAUUCAGGUGAUAUCCGCGGCUCAUCCGUCACACCACGGGAUCAUCAGAAACCAACCACUCUAGUCGGCAUCGGGAUCAGCAUCAACAAUCGGAACCACCGCCGACAUGUCUCAGACCAAUUCUGAAAAGAGCGAUGCCAUCACACCGGCGCCGGCUCGAAGCAGCGGUAGCAUUGAUGCGGGAAAGCUUGAAAAUGCUGAAGAUGCCUUUGAGGUCUUUAAGCGCGGUGAAGGAACGGUCGAUUUUCGUACCGUCGGCUGGAUCCACGCCUCGGUCAUCUUCUUGAAAGUAAUUUUCGCAACCGGUGUUCUCACAAUCCCUUCAGCUAUGUUCGUGUUGGGUGCGCUGCCCGGUGCUAUCAAUGUUCUUGGCUGGCAAUUUCUCAACACGUAUUGCGCCAUUAUCCAAGGAAAUUUCCGCAACGCCCAUGCUGGAUGCCAUUCCAUCGCUGAUAUGGCCAACGUUGUGGGUGGUAUUUGGCUGAAGGAAGUCGUCGGAGUCUUGUUUCUCGUCACUUACGCAAUCGUCGGCGCGUCGGGCAUUUUCGGCACAUCCGUUGCCUUCAAUGCGCUCUCUAACCACGCCAUUUGCACCAACUAUUUCAUGUUAGUCGCUACUGCCUGUGUCUUCAUUCUUGCAAGUGCUCGAAAAUUCGAAAAGAUCGCAUGGUUGACAUGGGCUGGCUUCUUGUCAGUGUAUACCGCCGUUUUUAUUGUCGUCGUUGCUGUCACGCAAGUCGACAGGCCUGCCGCUGCCCCAAAGACCGGCGAUUUUGAUCUCGGUUAUCAUGUCAUCGGAAACCCCAAUUUCGUAACCGCAAUCACGAGUGUUGCCACUAUCUUCUGCUCUGGUGCAGGAACCUCGGCGUUCCUCCCCGUUAUCUCGGAAAUGAAGAAGCCCAAGGACUACAAUAAGGCUGUGUAUCUUUGCAUGGGUAUCGUCACAGCAUCCUACUUGACUUUCUCGCUUGUCGUCUACCGCUGGUGCGGUCAGUGGGUUGCCUCUCCUUCUCUGGGUAGUGCAGGAGAGACCGUCAAGAAAGUUUCGUACGGUGUCGGCUUGAUCGGAUUGAUGGUCAGCGCCUGCCUCUACAUCCAUGUCGCCGCCAAGUACUUGUUCGUCAGAAUCCUACGCGAUUCUGUUCAUUUGCAGAACAACUCGGUUGUUCACUGGUCUGUCUGGCUCGCGUGCACCCUCGGAAUGUCCGUGGUCUCAUUCCUCUUGGCGUCUGGCAUUCCCAUCUUCAACUACCUGUUGGCAUUAGCAGGGAGUUUGACUUUCGCACCUCUGGCACUCGGUCUUCCUGGUUACCUAUGGAUCUUCGAUAACCAGCAUUACAGACAGGGAAACUGGUGGCAAGCCAUGGUCUACUGGCUGAACUGGCUCAUGAUUCUGCUAGCCGUUUUCUUGACCAUCGGUGGUACGUACGGUGUCGUUCAAAACAUCAUUGAUGCCUAUGCCGACGGCUUGAUUGGAGGUGCCUUCUCAUGCGUGGACAAUAGUGGCUCAUCAUGAGCGGUCGGUGGAACUGGAAAAAGCUAUGAAUGUUUGAUAGAGAUGGAAUGGAUUGUUCUUGUUCUGACGGAUAUCAUGUGACUUGGUUAGCCCGAAGAGAACUGCGAAAUUGAUUAGUUACCUGGAGCUAAAGUGAUACGAAUUGUUUGGACCUUCAUCCAUUUUUGUUCACUACCUACAACGAGGCUACUGCCUGGAGAUCUCAACGGAGACGGCGCGACAAUUGCGAGUAAAUCGUAGAAAA